AUGACGACAACCGUCCCUUUGAUAUACUCGUUUGCAGGCUACGAGGGUGUGGCCGACGCUGUCGCCGACCACGUCAUUCUGGCGCAGAAUAUGACCUUGUAUAAUACCUUAGAUAAGGAAGCCAUUGCUAAGCUAAAGGUGGCCGCAGCGCAGAGGCCGUCCUUGACCAGUGAUGUGUCUUCGGCGUCGAUUUCCGGAAUCUCCUCGCCCAGACCUUCUUUCAGCCGCAACGGUCUGUCGCUGAAUACUAAUGCCACCAACGGCAGCCCAUCAGAAGAGCGCUUGUCCCUGCUGAGACGCAAGAAAGACAUCAAGAAGAAGGCUGAACAACGGUUCAAGAUUGCCAUCUCUGGUGGUUCCCUCAUUAAGAUCAUGCACCUCGGUUUGUUGGCCAGGGAAGAAGAAAUCGAGUGGGACAAGUGGGAUAUUUACUUUGCCGACGAAAGAUUGGUACCUUUCGAUAGCCCAGAUUCUAACUACGGCCUGGCCAAGAGAGACAUUUUCGACUUGAUCAAGAGCGAGAAGAAGCCCAAUGUGUUCCAUAUUGAUGAGCUGUUGAUCUCAGACCCGCAGGAAUGCGCUGAUGCCUACGAGAAGUUGCUUAUCGAUAACUUUGCCAAGAAGGAUAGUGUCAAGUUGCCCAUGUUUGACCUUUUGCUUCUUGGAUGUGCCCCAGACGGUCACAUUGCAUCGUUGUUCCCUAAUUUCGGCGAGCAGUUGAGAGAGAAGUUGGCCUGGUGCUUACCUGUAGAGAAGGCUCCACUGGGCCCGGAAAACAGAAUCACCUUGUCCAUCCCUGUCAUUUGCCACGCCCAUAGAGUCACCUUCGUUGUUGAAGGUUUGACGAAAGCACCAAUCAUGAGAAUUAUCAUGGAGAGACCUGAGAAGGGCUUGCCGAGCUCGAUUGUGAACGAGGGAGCCGCCGGUAGGGUCACUUGGUUCGUGGAUGACGAUGCAUUGAAGGACUGCUAUGAUAUUACCAAGAAGAAGUACAAGUUUCUUAGUAUUCCCGAGCCCAGCAGCUAG